AUGGAGCAGCAAUUAGAACGGCUGACCACUCUUCUUGCGACGCAAAUGGAGCUGACACAGCAACAAGAAGCACAGCAGCGGGAGCGGGAUGAGGCACACCAACAGGAAAUGCGCGCCCUGUUAUCGGGGUUAACUGGUGCUCCGCCCUCUCACAGUACACGAGACGGUGAACCAGUGCAGAAAACUAAGCUGCAUAACAGUGUGGUGACUCCUCCUUACCUCACAUGGUCUGCUUCGCUGAGGGAGUUUGAUGCGUGGCGGCACAAAUUUGAAGGGUACGCUCGCCUGGCUAACAUAACUACCCUCAAGCCCUCCGAGCAGCAAAUUGCUUUACGUUCGCUUGUUGAUGAGGAAUGGACUCGCGCACUGAGGUAUGGCCUGGACGUACAGCAAGAUGCAGACUUGAAGACUGUUCUCGACGCUAUGGAAGUGCAUCUCAGGAAUAGACGUAACGUUAUACUGGAUCGUCGAGAGUUCUACUUGAGAAGACAGGAAAGUGGUGAAAAUUUUGACGAGUUUCUGUGCGCCAUCAAGGAAAUUGCUGCAUUUUGUGGUUUCUGUGAGGAAUGUAUGGAUAACAGACUACGUGACCGAAUAGUUGUGGGUACAAGUGAUGAGGUAGCAUUACAACGUAUGUUGGAAGAAAAAGACUUGUCUCUACAGAAAGCCAUAGACAUAUGUCGGUCAACCGAAAAUGCGGCGAAGAAUAGUGCUGUGAUUCGAGGAUGUAGUGUGGGGAGAGUAUCGCAGUACAAGAAGAAUGCGCGGUACGGACGCCCAGUUUCGGCGAAUAGUGCAAGGCCUUCACGAGACUGUGACGAACUGUGUCAUAAGUGUGGCAGAGGAACGCACACGGGUGACCAAAAGUGCAAAGCGGCUAAUGUGGCUUGUAAUAAUUGCGGUAGAAUAGGGCACUUCGCGGUUGUUUGUAAAGCUCGUUCCCGCACACCAGCGACUCGGCGCAAAGCGGCGCCACCACAGGACACCGGCACUCGUCACCGUAAACUCCAUCGGGUCAUUGCAGACGUCUACCAAGGUAAAGGAAGUUCACGACAGACUCCUCGGGUCAAGAUUGUAACCACUCAUCCUGGCGGACAAGGACGUAUUUCCUGGACUCCUGACUCUGGCGCCGAGGCCACAGUCAUGGGUUGGGACGUCGCCAAGGCUGCUGGGAUCAAGCAGGCUUUGCUUGAAGCAGUGACGGGCGAAGUUUUAUACGGCGCCGGCCAACAACAACUCGCUUGUUUGGGUAAGUUCACCUCUAAUUUGGAAUUAGGUGACAGGAAAACCUCCACAGAAGUGAUUGUUGUUGACAAGCUGAAAGGGGCACUACUGAGUUGGUACGACUCAAUAGCUUUAGGAUUGUUACCACCUAACUUUCCUACUCAGAUUCGAGCAGUUGAACACGGUACAUGUCGUUCACAUCAGCAGGAGUGUGUUACAGCAGCAGACCCACUACCCCAGUGGAGACAUAACUACGAGCCUUCAGCGACGGAAAGAGCACAACAUGCCGCAGCCAUUAUCCAUGCUUUCCCGCAAGUUUUCGGUGCUUCACAGACCUUGAGGGAGAUGGAUGGAGACGCUAUGCGUAUUCAGCUGACUGAGGACGCUCGACCCUUCGCUGUGACUGCUGCCCGGACCGUUCCGUUCAGCUGGAGAGAUGAUAUCAAGACCCAGCUUGAUGAACUUCUGGACCUGGACAUUAUUGUUAAGGUAAAUCACCCUACAGAUUGGUGUCAUCCAAUUGUACCUGUGCGAAAGAAAUCAGGCGGAGUGAGAUUAUGUGUAGACUUCACAAGACUUAACAAGUAUGUUCGCAGGCCAGCCUACCCUAUACCAUCCCCGCAUGACGUCAUUGCUUCGAUGGGGACUGGAUCGAGAUGGUUCACUACGUGCGACGAAUAUAAUCGGCGCGGUGAUGCAGCCCUGGGUGACAUACCACAGACGAUCAAGAUAGUUGACGACAUUCUGGCGUAUGAUGGUUCAUAUAAACAACAUCUGGCGCAUGUAAUUGACAUUGUUCAGCGCUGUGAUAAAGCUGGAAUAACUCUGAACAAACAUAAGUUCAACUUUGCCCAGCCGCGUGUUGACUACUGUGGCUACUCUGUGUCACGCAGUGGGUAUACUGUGGACGAGAAAAAAGUAGCUGCCAUUGCCAACUUUCCCCGCCCACAAAACAUUACCGAUCUGAGAUCAUUCCUUGGUUUGUCUAACCAGUUAGGAAACUUUACUUCCAGCCUCGCCAAAGCUGCCCAACCGCUACGAGAUCUGCUGAGGCCGCGUAAUGUUUGGUGCUGGACUUCACAGCAUGACAUCGCGUUUGAGGAGGUGAAGGAGUUGCUGAUGGCACCGCCCGUGCUCUCUCAUUUCGACGCGUUACUCCCCACCAUGCUGCAGACUGAUGCAUCCAAGACACAGGAAUGGGCUUCGCAUUACUACAACUGCACGGUAAAGACUGGAAGCUGGUUCAAUGUGGUUCACGGUUCUUAUCAGAUGUGGAAACACGGUAUGCAGUGA